AUGCCUCCCGGUGAUAACAUUUUCAACGAGACAUGCUUAAUUCACCUGGUCGAGGAAAGAGUUUCUGUUCUACCUGACCGUGAUAAUAUUGUGUGGGACAAAGCGCAGGUGCAUACCUGGCUUCUGUCAGGGGAGGAGGAACAGCCACACUUUUCCACAUCGGUUCAAGGUCGGUGUGGGGCUUUAAAAACGGAGAGCUGCGCUGGUUCUUUGCAGUUCCUACGCAGCGCAAACAUGCUCAGGUUUCUGUUGUUGACAAGUCUCGCGUGCUUGGCUCUGGCUGAGCCUCAGCCCAGGUACCUGAAGGACAGCGUUGAAAGGGUUGUUGGAGGCGAGGUGGCCUCACCAAACUCCUGGCCAUGGCAGAUCUCUCUCCAGUACCAGUCUGGUAGCAGAUUCUACCACACGUGUGGAGGCAGCCUCAUUCGCCCAGGCUGGGUCAUGACUGCCGCACACUGUGUGGACAGCAACAGGACGUGGCGUGUUGUUCUUGGUGAACAUGACCUCAACAGCGACAGUGGCAGAGAGCAGGUCAUUGGUGUCAGCCGUGUUUAUAUCCACCCCAAGUGGGAUUCUUACAGAGUCUCUAACGGCUACGACAUUGCUCUGCUGCAACUGUCCACUGACGCUAAACUGAACACCUACGUCCAGCUGGCCUCUCUGCCUCCCUCUGGACAGAUUCUGCCCCACAACAACCUCUGCUACAUUACUGGAUGGGGCCGUACCUCCACCGGUGGUAGCCUGUCUGCCCAGCUGAAGGAGGCCUACCUUCCCUUGGUGGGCCAUGACACCUGCUCCAGCGGUGACUGGUGGGGCAGCACUGUGAAGACCACCAUGGUGUGUGGUGGUGGUGGUGCUGAGGCUGGAUGCAAUGGUGACUCUGGUGGCCCUCUGAACUGCCAGGUCAGUGGUAAAUACUACGUGCAUGGUAUUGCCAGCUUUGUGUCUGGAUAUGGAUGCAACUAUCCCAAGAAACCCACCGUCUUCACCCGUGUGUCUGCCUACAUCGACUGGAUGAACUCGGAGACUGUGACCAUGCUCAGGUUUCUUGUGCUCACCUCUCUUGCAGCCCUGGUGCUGGCUGAGCUGGAGCCCCAGCCCAGGUUUCUGGAGGAUGACCAAACCCAGGAAAGGGUUGUGGGAGGCGAAGUGGCCAAGCCCAACUCUUGGCCAUGGCAGAUCUCUCUUCAGUACAAAUCUGGUUCCAGCUUUUACCACACCUGUGGAGGAACCUUGAUCAGGAGUGGAUGGGUCAUGACUGCAGCUCACUGUGUCGACAGGACUUGGCGUGUCGUUGUUGGAGAUCACAACAUCAACAGCCACGAGGGAAAAGAGCAGUACCUCAGCGUGAGCCGUGUCCACAUUCACCCUAACUGGAACCCCAGCAGCGUCGCUGGAGGAUGGGACAUCGCUCUCCUCCGUUUGUCCACCAAUGCCGUUCUUAACAACAACGUCCAGCUCGGUGCUCUGCCUCCCUCUGGUCAGGUUCUGCCCCACAACAAUCCCUGCUACAUCAGCGGAUGGGGCCGCACCCAAACUGGUGGUCAGCUUUCUGCUCAGCUGAAGCAGGCCUACCUGCCUGUCGUUGACCACGCGACCUGCUCCAGCUACGGAUGGUGGGGCAGCACCGUGAAGCAGUCCAUGGUCUGUGCAGGUGGCGGCAGCGAAUCUGGAUGUCAGGGUGACUCAGGUGGCCCCCUGAACUGCAGUGUCAACGGUAGAUGGGUUGUCCAUGGAGUGACCAGCUUUGUGUCCUCUUCUGGCUGCAACGCCUACAGAAGGCCCACCGUCUUCACCCGCGUCUCCGCUUACAUCAGCUGGAUGAACAGCAUCAUGGGUUGAGAAGAAACGCUGUGUCCAUGGAAACGAGAGGACACUGUGGAUUCAUGUUUAACAUCAGAAUAAACUGUCCUUUGAUAUUUACUUAUCUUAUUUCUUUAUUUUGUAUUAAGCAACAUUAUGGAAGGUAUACAAUACCCCUUUCUCAUGAAAAAUUUAUAGGAAAAUCUUAAGCUUUUGAGUAUUCAGAAAAAUUAUUUUUUUGAAUAGUGAAACUCUGGUGCAAGGACAUUAUACUUUUUGUAGAAACACAUAAAAUAUGUCUUUGGAAGGGA